GCGCGCAGUACACAGAAGGCCUUGGAAAUAUCAGAGCAGGUUAAAAAUGGCAAGGAAUUUGUCUACGGGAAUCUCGAACACAAAACACCAGUUUUGCUGUCUCUGUCCAGAUACAUAAGAAGUGGAGCAAGGGAUUCACUCGAUCAUCCUUCCUGCUCAGACUGUGGGGAGGGAUUCACUCGGUCAUCUGAACGACUGGCACACCGGUCAUUUUAAACAGGUGAGGAACCCAUUCAUCUGCUCAGACAGUGGGAAUGGAUACAGUUGGUCAUUUCAUCUGAAGGGACAUCACCAAGUUCACACUGGGACAAGGCCAUUCACCUAUUCUGUGUGUGAGAAGGGAUUCAGUCGGUCAUCCCACCUGUGGACACACCAGUCAGUUCACACUGGGCAGAGGCUGGUCCUUUGGUGAAUUUGGGGAAGGAUUCACUCGGUCAUCUGACCUAAUGGUUCACUAGCAAAUUCACUCCGGGGAGCGGCCGUUCACCUGCUCAGACUGUCGGAAGGGAUUCACUUGGUCAUCCACCCAAAUGGCUCACCAACGAGUUCACACUGGGCAGUGGCGGUUCACCUGCUCAGACUGUGGGAAGGGAUUCACUUGGUCAUACCAACUGAAGGUGCAUCAGAGAGUUCACACUGGAGAGAGAACAUUCACCUGCUCAGACUGUGGGAAGGGAUUCAUUCGGUGAUCUGAACUGAAGGUACAUCAGAGAGUUCACACUGGGGAGAAGCCGCUCUCCUGCUCAGACUGUGGGAAGGGAUUCACUCAGUCAUCUGAACUGAAGGCACAUGAGAGAAUUCACACUGGAGAGAGGCCAUUCACCUGCUCAGACUGUGGGAAGGGAUUCACUCGGUCAUCCACCCUAAUGGUACACCAACGAGUUCACAACGGGCAGCCGCCAUUCACCUGCUCGGACUGUGGGAAGGGAUUCAUUUGGUCAUGCCAACUGAAGGUACAUCAACGAGUUCACACUGGGGAGAGGCCGUUCACCUGCUCGGACUGUGGGAAGAGAUUCACUUGCUCAUCUGAACUGAAGGUGCAUCAGCGAGUUCACACUGGGGAGCGGCCAUUCACCUGCUUAGAGUGUGGGAAGGGAUUCACUCAGUCUGCCCACCUACGAGCACACAGGUCAGUUCACACUGGGGAGAGGCUGUUUACCUGUUUGUACUGUGGGGAGGGAUUCAUUUUGUCAACUCAGCUACUGAGACACCAGUCAGUUCAUAGUGGGGAGAGGCCAUUCACCUGCUCAGACUGUGGGAAGGGAUUCACUCAGUCAUACACCCUAAUGGCUCACCAGCGAGUUCACACCGGGGAGCGGCCGUUCACCUGUUUGGACUGUGGGAAGGGAUUCACUUGCUCAUCUAAACUGAAGCUACAUCAGAGAGUUCACACUGGAGAGAGGCCAUUCACCUGCUUAGGCUGUGGGAAGGGAUUCAUCACAUCAUCUGAACUGAAGGUACAUCGGAGAGUUCACACCAGAGAGAGGCCAUUCACCUGCUCAGACUGUGGGAAGGGAUUCACUGGGUCAUCCCAACUACAAGCACACCAGUCAAUUCACACUGGGGAGAGGCCAUUCACCUGCUCAGUCUGCGGGAAGGGAUUCAGUCAGUCAUCUAAUCUGAAGGUACACCUGCGAGUUCACACUGGGAAGAAGCCAUUCACCGUCUGAAGCCUGAAUUUUACCUCUGCAUAGACGCUACUUGUGUGUUCUUGUGCCUGUGUCACUCUGCCAAAACGCUAGUUGGCGUUGGGGUUCUAUGCUACUGUGUUGCAUUGACUCGUGCUGAGUUGGGAACGAUGGUGACUGCUGACUACAUCUUGUUGGAGUUCGAGCUAAUCGAUGUUGAACAAGAGUUACUUUUAUUGAAAUUACUGCAGCGCAGGAAAGAGAGAAGUUUUUCCAUUACUUUGUGCAGUCCACAAUGUCCAAACCGAUGUUUGUGAAAAUUUCUUUGCACGAAUUUGAUGCCAUUUUCAAGUGUUUAUUCUCUGCCGUUGAAGAGUCAUGCAAAUGUACAUAUUUUCUGACUACAUCACUUAUCCUUUCCUCGACUUGGUCCACUUUCCAACUUCGAAGCAACUGGAAAUUCAUAGGAGGAAACUGGCUGCUGCCAAGUGAACCAUUCACAGUUCUUGCGGUCUGUGUCACCACGACGCAUAGCUACAUUUUUGGGAAUGUGCACGUUAGGCUACAUUAGGUAAAAGACUUUCUUGGAGGCGCUACAUGGAGUGGUUAGCUUUCGGGCCUUGCUCCACUCAUUUUAAAUUGUCUUACCACCCCUUUAAUAUCUUUAUCAAAGUGUUUAUAACAGUUUUAUAUGUUUGAAUUUGGAUUUUAAUCGACUGAAAUGGCUUAUAGAGGAAGAAAGGCAUUAGCUGAAGGCGAGGAAACUGGCAAUGGAAAUGGGAAGAAAGAAGAUGUCUUUGAACCGCCUAAAGAGUUUCAACUUACUUUACAGGCUAUCUCGAAUCUUUUGGAUGAAAAACUGGAUAAAAGGUUUACUACUUUGGAAGUAUGGUUCAAGGAGAGCUAAGGUGGAUUGGCAACACUUGAAAAGAAGAAUGAAAAACAGCAGUGACAAAUUUCAGUGCCUUAUAAGCUGGAAAACAGAGAGAUCACAAAUUGAAUUCUUUGGAAAAGAAACGAACUUCGAUCACUCAUACAUUGGAGCAGAAUAAAGUCAGGUUUACUGAUUUGGAGAGUCGAAGCCACAGACUGAAUUUGCGAAUAAUAGACUCAGUGAGGACAUUGAGAGCAGGGAUCUUACUCAUUUUUUUCUCAAUUCUGAAUGGAGGUCUUUGGCUCAGAGGUUUUUCUUCUCUUCCUGCGCUCGACCGCACACAUCGGGCGCUGAAACCAAAACCGUCGAAAGGGUUAAAACCGCGUCAUGUAAUUCUACGAUGUCACAAUGUGAAUACUAAGGAGCUCUUCAUUCCGAUUGCUCAUCAGAAAGGAGUUACUGAGCAUCAGCAUCUUUAGUUUCAUUUUGCUGAAGAUUGUUGUCCUGAGGUUAUGCAAGAAAGAUCGCGUUUUAAAAUGGUGAUGUCAGAAUUAUAUCAGAGGAUUCUUCAUCUGGCUUUGUUAUAUCCCUUUCACCUAAGGGUUGUUCUGCCUCAUAGAUCAUUUAAAUGGUUACAAUCCAUGGAUGAAGCAAAACAAUUUCUCGAAGAUCUAAGCUUGAAUGCAGAUGUUUAAUAUUUUGAAGAUCAAUAUUUGUGUUUGGAUGUCUAUAAAAUUUACCAUUCCUUUAUGUCUGUGUAUAUCUGGUUUAUUUGUUAACAACCAAAUUUAUUAGUUAAUAAAUUUGGACACUUUAGAACUUCGCCCUUGGGUUGAUUACAGUCGUACUGUGUUCUGAUGUACGGAUAUUUAUUAUGUUUCCAUGUUAAAGUUCCUUUCUUUUACAUUCAUUGUUUUAGUUUUUUUAUUUUUAAUUGUUUGCUUUUGAAAAUUAAUAAGACUCUGAUUUGCUGAAUUUUUUUUUCUUGAAGUAUUAUUAAGAUUGUAUUUUGUGUCAUUUUUAAAGACGUCAUUUAAAACGGUCUGCAAUAGGCUGUUUUCUUUGAAAUGUGUUUGACAUUCCUCAUAAUUUUUUGACUAUGGAUGGUUUGUUUAUAUUUUUGUAAUUUGGAGAUUUUUCCUCAUGGGAGAUGGGGGUAGUGAGGUUCUUAGAUAGUUCUCUGGCUCUCUAUUGGCCAGGUUUUUGGUCUUUGUGGGUGGGGGAAUAGGGCUAUUAGUCUAGUAUUUUUCUUUUGGGCUGAAUUGAAUCUACAAAAAUGUCUCUGUUGUCAUAUCUUCUGGUUCCUCUUUAAACUUUCCCUCUUCCUGAUUCGUUUCCUAUGCAAUAUGGUUAACACUUUACAUACUACACUGUUUAUUUAAGGACAAUGGAUAUCAUUAAUUAUUUUGGAAUUAUUAAUUUUGUUUCAUGGAAUACAAAUGGUUUGAAUCAUCCAAUUAAAUGCAAGAAGAUUUUUAGAGUUUUUCAUAGACUGAAUGCUCAGAUUAUGUUUGUGCAGGAGGCUCGUGUGAGGAAGAAUGAUAAUCAGUACUUCUUUAGGUUUUGAAAAGGCCAACAGUUUCACUCAUUGACUAAGGUGAAAGGUGUUUCUUUUUUCUAGACUCCUGAAACUCAUUUCUUCACUAUGAUACAAUUUCAGACCCAUAUUGUAGAUCUCUAUUAGACACUGGUUAACUUUAUAAAGAUAAAUUAGUUUUGGUUAAUAGUUAUGCACUGAAUACUGACUAUCCUGAAUUCUUUAAGCACGUUUUUGUAUUUUUUCUCAAUUUAAAUGAAUAUAUGGUAAUAUUGGGUGGAGAUUUUAAUUGUUGUCUGAAUCCUAUGAUGAAUGGUGGUUCAACUCUAUGUUACUUCAUGGCAUAAGUUUUGUUAAUUUCAUUAAAGAACAGAUUGCCUUUUUUCUUUUCUACUAACUCAAUGGAAGAAAUUUUCAGUGGGAUAUUAUGCAAUACCUUUAAAUCAUAUAUCUGAGGGCAAAUUAUCUCAUACUCUGCUGGUUUGAAAAAACAAAUUCUUAAUGAAAUAUGUACAUUGGUUAAUAAUAUUAAAGAAAUUGAUAGAAAAUAUUCUUUUGCUCCCAUUUUAAAUCUUUAUAAAGAGAGAAUUGAACUUCAGAUGCAACAUCGUUUGUUAUUAGCAUCCCCGAUUGAAGAUCAGUUACUUAAAACUAAGAGUCGAUUUUAUAAAUAUGGUAAUAGAUCAGGAAAAUUAUUGGGUGACCAAUUAAAAGUGAUUUGGCAAAACUUCAGAUUAAUAGGGUUUGCAAACGGGAAGGUAUUUUGACGGUUGACCAUGGUGAAGUUAACAAAUCUUUUCAAGAAUUUUAUAACAAUUAGAAUUUCCUGAUGAUUCUACCAUAUUGCAUGAAUUUUAAAAGAAAUUAAGUAUUCUGAAAUAAUCAGUUAAUGAACGUUUAGUAUUAGUCACACCCAUUACUGAAGGGGAAGUAAGCAAUUUAGUCAAUGAAUUCUGGUAAAGCACCUGGUCUGGAUGGUAUACUGCUGAAUUUUUCAAAUCUUUUUCUGAUUUACUUUCUCCUGGUUAGGUAAAAAUUUUAAAGAUGCUUCAUUUAUAGGUAAAUUACCACAAUCCUUUUAUGAAGCAUCUAUUUCUUUAAUUCCUAAAAAUGAUAAAGAUCUCACUGAAUGUGCAUCAUACAGACCUCGAUCUUUGUUGAAUGUGGAAUCUAAAAUUCUUUCUAAAAUAUUAGCAAUUAGAUUGAAGAAGGUAUUGCCAAAAAAUUGUCUCUGAGGAUCAGACAGGAUUUAUUAAAAAUCAUUAUUCACAUUUUAAUGUUUGGAGAUUAAUGAACAUUGUAUACACUAUUUUAUCUAAGACUCCAAAAUGUUAUCUUGCUCGAAAACGAGAAGGCGUUUUAUACACUUGAAUGGGAAUUUUUUUUACUAUAUUUGAUAAAUCUAAUUUUAGCCCAAAAUUUAUAUUUUGGAUCCAAUUGAUAUAUCAUAUACUUUUGGCGUCUGUUUCACUAAUAAUCAGAGAUCCCCUUUCUUCAGGCUUUUCCAAGGUACUAGACAAAGCUGACCUUUGAGACUCUUACUAUCAGCCCUUGGCAUCCCUAUUCAUGAUUCACCCAACUUAUUUGGUGGUACGCAUGGGAAUGGGACGCAUAAAGUAUCGCAAUAUGCAGAUGAACUGUCACUAUAUAUUUCUAAUCCAGAGAAAUCCAUUCCUGCAGUAAUAACACGACUUCCUCAGUUUAGUAGUUUUCCUGCCUAUAAACUGAUUCUGAAUAAAAGUGUGCUUAAUCCAUUAAAUAUGCAAUUCACAAUGAGUAGACAGUCAUCAUUUAGAUUGGUUGCUGAUUAUUUAUUUGGGUGUUAAAAUUACUAAGAAUCGCAACAAUUUAUUUAAAGUUAAUGUUUACCCUUAAUUGAUCAUGUUAAACAAUUGUUUACUAAAUGGUCCCCAUUGUCCUUAUCCUUGAUUGGUUACAUUAAUGCUAUUGAGAUGAUUUUUUUUACCUAAAUUUCUGUAUCUAUUUUAUGCAAUAUCAUUUUUUAUCCCUAAAUCUUUCUUUUUGAUAUUAUUGAUUCUAAAAUUUCUUCAUAUAUACGGCAGAAUAGAAAUUCCUGCUUAAGGAAGAAAUAUUUACAGCAGUCAAAACAGGAAGGCGGAUCCUAGAUUUUAUUAUUGGGCAAUUAAUAUUCGAUAUUUAACGUUUUGGACACAAGAGAUGGUUGAAACUUAGUGUCCAGGAUGGAUGAACCUCGAGCGUGAGUCUGUACAGGAGUUUUCAUUGGCUUCUAUUUUAGAGGCUUUGCUCCCCUUUGCACUUACUAAAUUGAAUAAACAAAUGGUAAAUCCAAUAAUUAAACGUAAAAUAGGAAUAUGGUUUCAAUUUUGUAAAGUUUUUGGACAAUAAAAAUAUACUCUCAAGUUCUAUUAUAUCUUUUUUUUUCUUUCAACCGUUUAAAUUGAUCAAGCUUUUCUUUUACGGAAAACAAAGGGAAAAUUAUGUUUUCGUGACUUAUUUAUGGCUGAUUGUUUUAUGUCUUUUGAACAGUUUUCUAAUAAAUAUGAUUUCCCUAGAUCACACUUUUUCUGAUAUUUACAGAUUAGAAACUUUUUGAAUGUUAUUUUACUUUCUGUUCCGAUAUCACAUCAAAUUGAAGUUACGGGGAAAAAAAGUUCAAAUCCAUAUCAAAAGAGUUUAUUAUCAUUUAUUUAUGAUUUAAUUAUGAAAAUACUCUUAGAUACUUCUGAUAAAAUUAAGAAUGGGUCGGAAAGAGAACUUUGGAUACAUUUACCUGUACAGAAAUGUGAGAAAAUUCUUCAAUUAGAAAAUACCUCUUCAGUGUGUGUCAGACAUGCCUUCAUGCAAUUUAAGAUGGUUCAAAGGGCACAUGUGUCCAAGGAUAAGUUAGCUCAUUUUUACUGCCAUUAAAUCCUGUCUGUGAUCAAUGUAAUUCCGAGGUAGCUUCAUUGAAACGUAUGUUCUGCUCUUGUCCUCUUCUAAAAAUAAUAUUGGAAAGAUAUAUUUGAUAUUAUCUCAGUAGUUCUGCGUAUUGAUUUACAGCCACAUCCUGUUAUUGCAAUAUUUGGACUACCAGUGAUAGAUUCUAGUCAACUAUCCUCAUCAGCUUGUCGUCUAAUUGCAUUUGUUACAUUAAUAGCCAGAAGACCCAUUUUACUUGAAGGAUUCCAAUCCCCCAACUACCUUGUAAAGGUUUUCCCAAGAUGUAGCAUGUCUAACCUUGGAGAAAAAAAAAUACGAGUGGUACCGUGGAUCCUUCGGUUAAAUUUGAAGAGACUCGGAGAGCAUUUAUUCAAUAAUUUCAUAUGAUGUAAGUUGACCCUUUCCGAAUCUUGUGUAAUAAGGUUUUGUUCAUGUAUAGAGGAGCGGAGUUAAUGACAAAUAAUAAUUUCAGCCAUUGUGAUUUGACAGCCCAACCUUUCUCUAUUUCUUUUUAUUUAGAUUAGUUUUUUUUUCUAGUUUAGGGUGUUUUCCCUGUAUAGAAUAUUUUUUUCAUGGUUAGUUGCUGUGAGAUUGGGAGGUUAAAUUAUAUUUGUCAUUUGGAAUUGGUGUUUUUACAUGUUAACCGUUAUUAAUGUAAUUCCGACCUCUUUAU